GCGACUGCGAGACGAGGCGCAAGAGCGAAGGGAAAAAAUGUUUGAUGUCGCUUAAUCAGGGAAGAGUUUAUCCAUCGAUCUCUCGGUUUUGUAGCGCUCAUAUAUCGUCUCUUCGGGAUAUACUGUGCGGCGGGUCGUGACACUUCUGGACUCCUGCAAACUCCCAGGCGUUGUCGCGAUGGACUGGGGCACGGACCUUUGGGACCAGUACGAGACCAUCGAGAAGCACACCCAGUGGGGGCUGGACCAGGUGGAGAAGUAUGUGAAGUUCGUCAAGGAGAGGACGGAGAUCGAGCAGAGCUACGCCAAGCAGCUCAGGAGCCUGACGAAGAAGUACAUCCCUAAACGAGGGAACAAGGAGGAGCAGGAGUGCAGGUUCAGCCACUACCAGUCUUUCCAGGACAUCCUGACGGAGAUGAACGACUACGCGGGGCAGCGCGAGGUCAUCGCGGAGAACAUGAUGCUGAACAUCUGCGUGGAGGUCACCAAGUACCUGCAGGAGAUCAAGCAGGAGCGCAAGACGUACUUGGCGGAAGGCAGGAAGGCACAACAGAUCCUGGAGAGCAGCUACAAACAGCUGGACAGUAGCAAGAAACGGUUCGAGAGGGAGUGGCGGGAAGCUGAGAAGGCCUCCCAGUAUGCAGAGAAGACGGACCAGGACAUCAAUGCCACUAAGGCCGACGUGGAGAGGGCCAAGACGCUGGCGCACGCGCGCCUGCACGUGGCGGAGGAGUGCAAGAACGACUACGCCGCCCAGCUGCAGAAGUACAACCGAGAGCAGAACCAGUUCUACUUCAGCGACAUGCCUCAGAUCUUCAACAAACUGCAGGAAAUGGACGAGCGGCGGAUCCGCAAGCUGGCAGAGGGGUACAACACCUUCGCCGAGACGGAGAAGCGGGUGAUGCCCAUCAUCGGGAAGUGCCUGGAUGGCAUCGCCAAGGCAGCCGCCUCCACCAACGAGAGAAACGACUCCCUGACUCUCAUCGAGAUGCACAAGUCCGGGUUCGAGCGGCCCGGGGAUUUGGAGUUUGAGGACUACAGCCAGGGCAUCAACAGGGCCUCCUCCGACAGCAGUUUGGGGACCCCCAAGUGCCCCCACGAUCGCCCCAUGAGCAGGAACCGCAACAAGCUCUGGCCCUUCACCAAGAAGAGCAAGUUGCCCCCACCACCACUCACCCCCUUCUCCAACCCCCCUGCCCCCUCGCCCGCUAAUGGACCCCCCUCCCCCAAGUUCAGCCGGGACCCCCUGUCUUACUGUCUGAAUGAGAUCAAUAAGACCGUCAAACCACGCAUCUCCUCCUUCAGGAGCCUGAAGAGAACGCCCACGAUCACCGAGGACUUCGCCCACCUGCCUCCGGAGCAGAGGAGGAAGAAGCUGCAGCAGAAGAUCGACGAGCUCAACAAGGAGCUACAGAAGGAGGUGGACCAGAGCGAGGCCCUGAGCAAGAUGAAAGACGUGUAUGAGAAGAACCCCCAGAUGGGCGACCCCAGCAGCCUGGCGCCCCAGAUCGCCCAGACCGCCCACAACAUGGACAGGCUACGAGGGGAGCUGCAGAAGUAUGGGUCGUGGCUCGCAGAGGCUGGGGGCAGCAGCGAGGGAACGCGUUACUCCGUCACUUUCAACAACAAUAACGGAUCCCAUGAGAAAUACAGUCCCGACGGCGCCCACUCCGACGGAAGCAACCCUGACCAGACCUCCCAGGCCGUCUACGCCGAGUUUGAUGAUGACUUUGACGACGAGGACCCCGUCCCUCCCAUCGGAAAGUGCACGGCGCUCUACAGCUUCGCAGGUUCCAGCGAGGGCACCAUCUCCAUGACGGACGGGGAGAUCUUCAGCGUGGUCGAGGAGGACAAAGGAGACGGCUGGACCAGGGUGCGCCGAGCCAAUGGCGACGAGGGCUACAUCCCCACUUCCUACGUCAAAAUCACCCUGCACAGGAAGUGAUCUUCGCCGCCCUCCUCCCACCGCCACCACCACACACACACCACCCAGCUUGAAGCAGGAAGCCGCCCCCGGCAGCCGACAGGGAGUCCGCAUUCUUCAAACGCAGAGCCAAGCAGAGCAGCAAGAACGCAACCCGGAAAAGUUUCUGUUGAAAUUCGAGGAGAGUCAAGCAGGUCGCCUUUCAGGAAAGCGGCCGAGCCCAGUGGUGGGGAAGAGACGGAGAGAGAGCAGGUGGACAGUGGGCAGGGAGGCAUGAAGGCAGACGCUGAAACCAACCGAAAGUAAAAACAAAAGGCGGAGCUCCCAGUUCUGCCACUGACUGGAUUUUGUCCCAAGGAAGCUCUAGCGUGGAUAAGCAAUAUUUAAUGAUGAUGUUUUUAUUUUUUUAAAUUUUUUGGUUGGCGUUUGCGAAACGGGUUCACCAGAUAACCCCCGUUGUUUUAAAAGAAGCCAACCUGGUCUGUCGUGCCACUAAAGAAGGGAAAUGAGGGCUGCUGUCCGUUUUUACAUUUCUCACCCCAAGGGCUUGUUUGUGUGAUUCGCCCCCGCCAAAGGUCUGACCAGUCUCGCGCUUCCUGGAAUACGAAAACGAUCCCUUGUGCUAAUCUGGUCUAAUCUGGUGUAUCCAGAAACGGGUGUCUUCGGCCCAUUCUGGCUAAACUAAACCUUCCAGUCCCGUGUACUGAAGUACUUCUGCUGUCUCCCUGCGAAAAGUUCUCCAUAAUUCAAAGUCAAUUUGAUAUUAUCGAUACUGCUAUUAAUUAAAGGGGGAAAUUCUUUUUCCACGGGGUAGGUUUUCACCCUCACCCACUCUCCACUGAAGCCGACAGAUUUUCCUGGGAAUUGUUUGUUUGUGUGCUGGAGGUUUAGACCCUGUGGCUUAAGGGUUGGGUUAAUCGGUGGGUGUCGCAGAUUGUAAUGUUGGCUAAGUUGGCACCACCGUCUUCUCCUUCCUCUCUCCAACUGCGCUGGUGCGGCCUUCUCCCUCCUGUAAAUAUUGCCACCGCGCACCUGGAACGGGAGAAGCUUGAGUGGGAAAGAUUUUGUUUUUUUGUCAGUUAUUGCUGCUGCCGCUGCUGGACUUGAAAAACUUAAUGACGUCCAUCAUGCAUCACCCUGAACGCGCCUUGAGGAAUGAAGACUCCUAAUCGGCGUAAAGCGCUUCAGCCAGAUUUCCAGUGGGUUCGAAGUCCAGGCUGGCUGCACAGAGGAGUCUUUAUUUGUACGGGCCUGGUUAACACACUCCCCGACAGCCAUAGGUGCAGCUGUCUCUCUUUCCGAUGUCUGUUCUCGUUUUGCAAACAUCUCAGCUGCGCUCCUUUCUCCAGUUAAGACAUCUCAUUUCGGUUUUGCUCUAAACACGGUCUCCAGUUUCUGUCACUUUAUAUUCUUCGAAAAAAGGGGGUGGGCUCCUCCAUCGAAACCCCCGGGUGAGAGGGGGAAUAUGAAAAAAGAAAACGAUGCAAACUGUUAGGACUGUCGUAUUUAUAUGUGAGAAAUAAUAUAUUUUAGCUACCACUUUACCACGGUUAUCCUCUUGAGACUGAUUCCAUUCUGGAUCUGGCUAAACUUUUUAAAGUGCAAAUGGAUUUUUAUGUUUAAGAAGGAGAUUGAACUCUUGUCUGUGUGUGCCCUAAGUAGACGAUCACACUCCAUGAAUCUUGGUGCCUUCUCUCGUAUUAUAUAGUGUGUUGUACAUAGUUUGAAACAAAUAUUGCCUACAGUUUCCAUUAUUUCAAUGGGAUAUAAAUGAUCACGUUUUAAAAAAUAA